UGAAACCGUGGUCAACAAAAACUUAUUUUUUUAAUAAUGAUGUUAUCUAAUAAUCCAAUGUUUUUUAUACGCAUAGAUCUUUAUAGUUUAUACUUUUAUCAUUAGACAAAAAUACAAAAUAUUUCUAUGAGGACUUAGUCGCUUAGACCGCUUAGCCUUAAAGUAAUAAGGCUAUAUACUGAUAUCCGUUAUUCAGUUUUAUCAAUUUUCAGUUUGUGUUCAGUGCCGUACUGCCGUUUACUCAUUAGGUUUGAAACGUGGGAAGAAAUAUGACAUAAAUAUCACCAGAAUACAAGAUAUAUUUGAUUAAUUGCGAAAAAAAGUAAGAAAAAAUAUAAAUAUGUCAAUUGAGUUUAAAAAACGUAAAGUUGUUCAAAACCGACGUAAACGAACCACAUCUGAUAGUGAAAACAGUGACGAUGAAAGUGCUGUUGUUCUUAAUGAAAAACGUCAUAGAAAAUUAAAUCCGUUUAUACAAAGUACAUCAAACAAAAAGCUUAAAGCAUCUGAAUUAAUACACGAUUCUUCAGAGAGUGAUAAUGAAGCUGUCGGUGUUUCAUAUCGUUCCAAAAUGGACACCGACAUGAGUGGACCUAAAGAUAUGGGCGCAACAGCAACAAUUGAAAUUGACACUGAACUUGACAAAGAUGCUCAAGCUAUCUAUGAACGCUCUUUACAAGUAAAUAAAGAACUUAAAGGUAAAGAAGAUGACAAGGUUUAUAGAGGUUUAGCGAAUUAUACUCAAUAUUAUGAGAAAAAAGACACAGCUUUAGGUAAUGCGUCUAGUGGAAUGGUACGCAAAGGACCUAUAAGAGCACCAGCAAAUUUACGUUCUACCGUUCGUUGGGAUUAUCAACCUGAUAUUUGUAAAGAUUAUAAAGAAACUGGUUUUUGUGGUUUUGGCGACAGUUGUAAAUUUUUACACGAUCGUUCAGACUAUAAAUUUGGGUGGCAAUUAGAAAUGGAAUCUUCUCAACAAUGUGAUUCAGAUGAUGAUGAUCCAUCAAAGUAUGAAAUUAAAGAAAAUGAUGAUGAUUUCCUGCCCUUUAAAUGUUUGAUUUGUCGAGGAUCUUAUGUUAAUCCUGUAAUGACAAAAUGUAAACAUUAUUUCUGUGAAAAGUGUGCUUUAGCUCAUUUUAAAAAGAGUACUAAAUGUUUUGUCUGUGAAAAACAAACUGGAGGAUUUUUUGAUCCUGCUACAGCUAUUAUCGAAAGACUUAAUAAAGCUAAUACAGACAUAAUACACCAAUGUAAUUCAGAUGAAGAAUCGGAUUGAUUAGUAUAUUAUUAAUAUCUGUAAAUUAUCUGGAGUUUAAUAUGAGAGCUGUAGAUGAUCUAUAUCAAUCACCAUAGACUAAAAGACAAUCCCCUAAUUCAAACAAAAUAUAUUCUAAUUUGUUAAUUUUAUGUACCAAAGUAUUAUUAAGUACUAGAACAUUAUG